AUGGCCCUCUGGCAAUCAUUCACUCAACAAUUGCGUCGAGCAGUGCCCAAGGCCUCCGGAGAGGUAUGCCUGACUCAAUCACGCCGAUACCUCUGUUCGACAAUUCCGCGGAGAAUCGGAGCGACUUCCCACGCGAACCGGUGGGAUCACAGCGUGAAGAAUAAUCUUCGGUCGCCAUCGCAUGGCCUCAAAAUCGCUCAAAGGCCGUUCUCUGUUACAGCGCAGGCUUCCCACGGUCAUAUCACACCUCCAAAGCCUGGCGAGGAGAUCAACGUUACUUUCGUUGACAAGGACGGAACCAGCGUACAUUUGCAGGUUGCCGAGGGGGACAACUUGUUGGAUAUUGCCCAGGCGAAUGAUCUCGAGAUGGAAGGUGCUUGUGGUGGCUCCUGUGCUUGCUCUACCUGCCAUGUGAUCGUCGAUAGCCUGGACAUGUUCGAUAAGAUGGAGGAGCCCUCGGAUGACGAGAACGACAUGCUGGACCUGGCGUUUGGAUUGACCGAGACUUCCCGUUUAGGUUGCCAAGUCCUCAUGACCAAAGACUUGGAUGGUUUGGUGGUCAAGCUGCCAACAAUGACACGGAACUUGCAGGCCAGCGAUUUUGAGCAGAAAUAA